AAGAGUGGCCAUGGAGAUGACCAUGGAAGGCCCAGUUGACCUGGUCAUGGAGUGCAUGCCCCAUGACUUGGUCAGGUGGUGAGCUGAGGAGAAGGGAGGAGGUGCUAGGGGUGAAGAACAAGCAGCUCUAGGCACAGGCAGCCAGAGCAGCUGGGCAGCCUGGCCCAGCCUUAUAGGGCCUGCUGGGGAGGGUUCAACCCACAAGGCUUGGUUGGAACUUAGCCUUGAAGGUAAGAAAGUGAAUUUCCGUCUAAUUCAGGUUUUUGCCAAUAACCUUGAACUGGUCACGCACCUUUUCUAAGCCUGGGUCCCUUCACCUGUGAAGAGGGAAUGAAAGUAGCCUCUGCCUGGGGUGGGGGUGGGGCUCCAAGUUCGGGGCCACGCCCCUUUGUCCAAGCCGCGCCCCAAACACAGAACACAGCCACGCCCCUGUUUGGAUCCGCCUCCACGAAACAGCCCAGCGCGCUGACCACGCCCCAUCCCUAGCCACGCCCCGAGACGGCCACGCCCCUUGCCGCCACGCCCCUACCUGAACGCGCCCUGGUUGCCCAGGUCUCCCUUCCACAAGCUCCGGGGAGCGAGUCCAGAAGGGACUCGCCGCACCAGCUGUCUGCCGACCCCCAGUCCCUGUCCCCGCGCCCAUGGCCACGCCGGGACCCCGAGCCUCGCGGGCUGCGCUGUGUGGCGGCUGCUGCUGCCUCCUCCUGUGUGCCCAGCUCGCGGUGGCUGGUAAGGGAGCUCCAGGCUUUGGGCGGGGAGCCCUGAUCCGCCUGAACAUCUGGCCAGCUGACCAAGGAGGCUGCGCCAGGCUGGAGGCCUGCGAACGCUGUGUGGAGGGGGACCGAGCACACAACCUCUCCGGAUGCGUCUGGCAGCACUGUCGGCCAGAAGAGCCAGGACACUGUGUGGCCCGAGCUGAGGUGACCAAGGAGGGUUGCUCUGUCUACAACCACUCAGAGUCAUGUCCAGCUGCCCACCACCACCCCACCUAUGAACCGAAGACAACCACAACAGGCAGCCCAGCAGUCCCUGAAGACCAUGGCCCUGGCUUUGAUGGGGCUAGCUUCAUUGGGGGCGUGGUGCUGGUGCUGAGCCUGCAGGCGGUGGCCUUCUUCAUGAUACGCUUCCUCAAGGCCAAGGACAGCACUUACCAGACACUGUGAGUACCUGGCAAGUAGGUAGGAGGGGGCCAGCCCCCUUCCCUACACCCUCCGUACCAGGGAACUGUCCUUCCAUGGGCUGACUAAAGAGACAUUGACUUUCUCCCAGCAUCCCCCACGCGAGCCACGCCCCUUCUUCCUCCUCCAGUUCAGGCUGUCUCUGCCAGAUGUUAGCUGGGACCAGGACUCAGCCCUGGCCCCGGUGUCUGGGAGCCCAGCUGAGCCCCCUGUGUCUUUGCUCCCUCAUGCUGCCCUCAGGGAGGAGAACCAGUAGGUGCCAGCGCAAGCGGGUCCUCAGCCACAGACUGGGGCUGUGUGUACAGUGCGCUUUCCUCCGAGGAGGGAGGGUGUGUGAAGCCUCGCGUGCUCUGUGUGCUGUGAGAUGGAGGCAUAGCUGUGUUUGCUUUUCUAGCUGCACCUGCUCUCUGGGAAGUGUGUGUGGGGGGGUCCUGCCCACAGAGGCACCUCCCUAAAUGUCUUCUCUGUCUGGCCUCCACAGAAUCUGACCCUCGUGGGUCUGGAUGCCACCCUAAAGGACACAAAGGCCGCCCUCUUGGCUGCCUUGUGGGCACUGGGGUGGGACACACUUUGGCCACCAGUUUCUGGCCCCUGUGGGCAUCAGGCACAGAGCAGGCCCAGCGCUAGUGCCUUGACACCCCCUCCAGUCCUGGGCCAGGCACCUGCAGCUGAGAACACCCCUCAACCACCUCAUGUCUCCUCCGUUGUCUCUUCUGGACAUCCAGACUGGUAGCCGGGGGCUGUGCUGCCUCUUCCCACCAACCCAGCCUGGACAGU